AUACGUUCUAAAUCUUUCGGUUACGGUAUUUCGUUUGAUUAGAGAUAUAGCGUCAUUCGCCAUAUUUAUUUUCGGUCAACAGACACCUGUACUGUUAGUAGGUGGAAAUAAUAUUGGUGAAGAAAGGUGAAGAUUAUUAUUAUUCCAGCUUUACUGGAACAUUACAACAGGGGUGUGUCAUAAUGAAGACUUUUUAUACAUUUUUGGCGUUCGCCUUUUUAUAUGCAGUUAAAAGUCAACGUACACCGACAAUAUCUUAUAUUUCCCAAGAGCAAAUUAAAGAUAUUGGUGAAACUGUAGAGUUCCGUUGCUCAGUUUUAUAUGCACCUGACUUUCCAGUUGUAUGGACAAAAAUUAAUAAAAACGUUGCUAAUGACCAAUUACCACUUUCGCAUGGUAGUACUUUAAUUAUAAGAGAUACUAGAUUUACCCUCAAAUAUGACGAUGCCCUAUCUACCUUUAGAUUACAGAUAAAAGAUAUUCAAGAGACUGAUGCUGGAUUUUAUCAAUGUAAAAUUUUGAUAUCUUUGAAUAAUUAUGUAUCUGCAAAUGUUGAAUUGCAAGUUCGUAGACCACCUAUUAUUAGUGAUAAUUCAACCAGAGCUCUAGUUGUCACUGAAGGGCAACCUGUGCAGCUUGACUGUUAUGCUGGUGGUUUUCCUACACCUAGAAUCUCAUGGCGUAGAGAAAAUAAUGCCAUCUUACCAACUGGUGGAUCAAUUUAUCGUGGCAACACAUUGAAAAUUUCUACAAUUCGUAAGGAAGAUCGUGGGACAUAUUAUUGUGUAGCUGAAAAUGGAGUAGGUCGUGGGGCUAGACGUAAUAUUAAUGUUGAAGUUGAAUUUGCUCCUGUCAUCACAGCUCCAAGACCACGACUUGGUCAAGCCUUACAAUAUGACAUGGAUCUAGAAUGCCAUGUAGAAGCGUAUCCUCCACCAGCUAUCGUUUGGUUAAAAGAUGAUGUUCAAUUGUCUAAUAAUCAGCAUUAUAGUAUAUCACAUUUUGCAACCGCGGAUCAAUAUACUGAUACAACGAUUAGAGUGAUCACAAUUGAAAAAAGACAAUAUGGAGAGUAUGUGUGCAGAGCUGCUAAUAAAUUAGGAACUGCAGAAACAAGCGUUGAAUUAUUUGAAACUACUGUCCCUGUGUGUCCGCCAGCUUGUGGUCAAGCCCUUUAUUAUGGGGCUGGAGUAGUACCAGUUUCUUCAGGGCCUUUGGUAGUCUUAGUUUUAUUUAUUACAGUUGUUAUGAGAAAUUUCUACGCCAAAUAUUAAUUAUCCCGGACUUCAGUGGGCGGCAGGAAGUCAAUGCAACUUAUCGAAAUGGUUGCUAAUAGCACUAUGGUUCACCAUUGUGAAUAGAUAUUAGAAACAUUACUUAUACAACAACUUUAGGGGCCUAAUUUGUUUUUAACUCCUAUUAGAUGAUUAUUUUUGUAGUUAUGAAUAAUGAAAUUGAAUAAUUAUUAGAGACUAAAAAUUUUAGGGGCCAACAAUAUAGUAGAUGUUGGCAAGGUACAAACAGCAUUCUAGAAAGAUACAUAGUGAUACAUAGCGAAAAAAUUAAUGAUAUUACUAAUAGUUUGAGAUUUAUAUAUAUAAAUAUAUAUAUAGCCUUUUUUCAUAUAUCAGCACAACUGAUAUAUUCGUGAAAAAGUGAAAAAGUGAUUGAUAAUAAUGUUACGAACAUAUAUCAGCUUUUAACAUAGUUUGUAGGAGUUCAAUUCGUACAAUUCAUACAAUUUGACACAUUCGAGACUGAUAUAUUUUGACAAGACCGUCCUUAGCGGCAGCUAACAUUUUUACAGCUAUAAUAAGAAAUUAAAUAGCGUAAGAACAAGAUAAACAGAUUUUAAAAUUAUUUUCGUCUAAAAAGCGUUACAGCCCAAAUAGUGAGUCGAUAGUUAUUGAAAUCUUUUUCAUACUAGAUAGGUGAUGAGUCACCACGUAAGUUGUAAGCGUAGAAUAAUAGUUGUUAACCCUCUACACCCGAGUUUUUUGUCGAUUAAAUAACGACGCCAAAUAUUAUCUGUGCCUGGGAGAAGUACUUCCAGUACAAAGGGUUAAUACUCCAAAAAAAUGAGCACAAUUAAUGUGGAGAUAAUUAUGAAAUCAUGAACAUAAAUAUUGUUAUUCCUGUUUUAUGUUUGUGAAAGUAUGAAGAAUCUACAACAGAAUAACUUUGCUAAAGCACAUAUAUAAUAUAAGAAAAUUAUCUGUAAGUACUACAUAUAAUAAAUUUUUUCAGUAUUCCUUAA